CCUACAAUGGCCUCUAAGUGCUCAAGUGAAAGGAAGAGUCGCAUGUCUCUCACUUUAAAUCAAAAGCUAGAAAUGAUUAAGCUUAGUGAGGAAGGCAUGUCGAAAGCGGAGAUAGGUCGGAAACUAGGCCUCUUGCGCCAAACUGUUAGCCAGGUUGUAAAUGCAAAGGAUAAGUUCUUGAAAGAAAUUAAAAGUGGUACUCCAGUGAACACGCGAAUGAUAAGAAAGCGAAACAGCCUUAUUGCGGAUAUGGAGAAAGUUUUAGUGGUCUGGAUAGAAGAUCAAACCACCCACAACAUUCCCUUGAGCCAGAGCCUAAUCCAGAGCAAGGCCUUAACUCUCUUCAAUUCUAUGAAGGCUGAGAGAGGUGAGGAAGCUGCAGAAGAAAAGUUUGAAGCUAGCAGAGGUUGGUUCAUGAGGUUUAAGGAAAGAAGCCGUCUCUGUAACAUAAAAGUACAAGGUGAAGUAGCAAAUACUGAUGUAGAAACUGCAGCAAGUUAUCCAGAAGAUCUAUCUAAGAUCAUUAACGAAGGUGGCUACACUAAACAACAGAUUUUCAAUGUAGAUGAAACAGCCUUAUAUUGGAAGAAGAUGCCAUCUAGGACUUUCAUAGCUAGAGAAGAGAAGUCAAUGCCUGGCUUCAAAGCUUCAAAGGACAGGCUGACUCUCCUGUUAGGGGCUAAUGCAGCUGGUGACUUUAAGUUGAAGCCAAUGCUCAUUUAUCAUUCUGAAAAUCCUAGGGCCCUUAAGAAUUAUGCUAAAUCUACCCUGCCUGUCCUCUAUAAAUGGAACAACAGAGCCUGCAUGACAGCACAUCUGUUUACCACAUGGUUUACUGAAUAUUUUAAGCCCACAGUUGAGAACUACUGUUCAGAAAAAAAGAUUCCUUUCAAAAUAUUAUUGCUCAUUGACAAUGCACCUGGUCACCCAAGAGCUCUGAUGGAGAUGUACAACGAGAUUAAUGUUGUUUUCAUGCCUGCUAACUCAACAUCUAUUCUCCAGCCCAUGGGUCAAGGAGUCAUUUCAACUUUUAAGUCUUAUUAUUUAAGAAAUACAUUUCGUAAGGCUAUAGCUGCCAUAGAUAGUGAUUCCUCUGAUGGAUCUGGGCAAAGCAAAUUGAAAACCUUCUGGAAAGGAUUCACCAUUCUAGAUGCCAUUAAGAACAUUCGUGAUUCAUGGGAAGAGGUCAAAAUAUCAACACUAACAGGAGUUUGGAAGAAGUUGAUUCCAUCCCUCAUGGAUGACUUUGAAGGGUUUAAGACUUCAGUGGAUGAAGUAACUGCAGAUGUGGUAAAAAUAGCCAAAGAAUUAGAAUUAGAAGUGGAGCCUGAAGAUGUGACUGAAUUGUUGCAAUCUCAUGAUAAAACUGUAAUGGAUGAGGAAUUACUUCCUAUGGAUGAGCAAAGAAAGUGGUUUCUUGAGAUGGAAUCUACUCCUGGUGAAGACGAUGUUAAGAUUGUUGAAAUGACAACGAAGGAUUUAGAAUAUUACAUAAACUUAGUUGAUAAAGCAGCAGCAGGGUUUGAGAGAAUUGACUCUAAUUUUGAAAGAAGUUCUACUGUGGGUAAAAUGCUAUCAAACAGCAUCGCAUGCUACAGAGAAAUUGUUCGUGAAAGGAAGAGUCCAUCAAUGAGGCAAAUUUCAUUAUUGUCUUACUUUAAGAAAUUGCCACAGCCACCCCAACCUUCAGCAACCACCACCCUGAUCAGUCAGCAACCAUCAACAUCAAGGCAAGACCCUCCACCAGCAAAAAAAUUACGGUUUGCUAAAAGCUCAGAUGAUGGUUAGCAUUUUUUAGCAAUAAAUAUUGUAUUUUUAAAUUAAGGUAUGUAUAUUGUUUUUUUAGACAAUGCUAUUGCACACUUUAAAUAGACUGCUGUAUGGUGUAAACAUAAUCUUUAUAUGCACUGGCAAACCACAAAAUUCAUUUGACUCACUAUUGCAACAUUUGCUUUAUUAUAGUGGUCUGGAACUGAACCCACAAUAUCUCUGGGGUAUGCCUGUAUUUCUAUAGAGGUUACAGUGUUCACAAAGUUUUUAUGUCCUUUUAUGAAAAUGUACCUACUUUUCAUUUUUAUUUUUAACUUAAUUCUAUUGCCUGUAUUUAUUUUUUUUCUUUUUAAAACUUUUGUAUAGAUGUUCUCUCUUACAUGAUUGUGACCUAAUGGUUCUUCAGGUGAUCAAGUCUUUUACAGUAUAUAUUUAUAUCCUAGCCUUCUGUUUUGGGUUACAUGUCAUAAAUUUUGGUAUCCUUGGGUCUGUGAGAAAAUGUUUUACACUGAAAGAUCAUUUUUUAGGUGUAAUUGUUCAAAUUUGUUUUCCAGUUUGGUAUUCUAGAGAACAUAUUUUUAAGGAAAGAAGAGUUAUGGUUUUGUAAGAAAUUUUAAGUAUUUUGUUAGAAAGCCUAAAAUCAUGUACAAUUUUAUCUCUGGUCAGAGGCGUAAUAGUUUUCUUUUUCUUUUUUUUUUUUUUUUUAAUUAAGUCUCCAUAUUGGCAAGGCUGAACUCUGUACAUUAUAAAUUUGCUUAAAGAUAUUCUUUGAAUUAUUCAGAAUAAAGCGUACUUAAAAUUAAUUAUAAUAAGUAAGAUAGAAUUUAUCUAAUAGCUUUCAAAUAGCCUUUCAUGACUUGGAAAAUUUCAUUGACAUCUAGAUUUUAUUAAGAAAGUCUUGAGCUCUUCUUCAGUAACACAUUACAGAGAGCAAGGACAUUCCUAGGUGUAAGUUGGAAAGUGCACAUUGAGUACAUUUGUGCAUUUGAGAAGGCAGUCUUUCUUAUGCUCAUCUGACUCU